AUGGAAACUUCACAUUGUCUUGGUCGUCAUGGCUUCAUCAUUUUUAUUCUCGUUGUGUUCCUUUCCUCUGAAUCUAGUUUUGCUUCAAAGAUCAACGGCUCUAAGCGUGGAGGAAUUCCUCCACAGGGAAACGAAUAUCGGCCGCUUUGCGGGAUAAAUGAGCCGUCCAAGGAUGGUACCACAUUUAUAGCUGCUUGCGAUAAAGGAUUUGUUUUCUCUGAGAUCAAAUUCGCUGAUUAUGGUCAGCCUACUGGUGCAUCAUGUGAAACGUUGAAACGCGGAAAUUGUGGCGCGCCCGCUACUAUGAGGAUCGUCAAAAAGGUUAAUUAA